AAGCCUUAUAAUAGCCGGCGCGAGUGUUACGAGCUCGGGGACUCAUCAGUUUGUUUUGGACCUUUGUACGGUGACUAUGCCCACGUUGCUGGCUGCAUCGUAGCUCCUUACAUAACCUUAAAAAUUGUUUGAUAAUAGUGCACACACCCGAGCAACCGCUUUCGAAGUUCAUUUAAAACAUUUGAUUUUUUUAUUUAAAAAAAGUUAAAAGCCAUGGCUGAGUCAAUCAACAGUGAGAGUUUAGAAACAGUGAGUGCGAGUGGUGACGUUAGCGAUGAAGACAAAAAAAUUUUAAGUGAUUAUGUGAAAGAGGCAGAAGCUAGACUAGCCAACAAAGAAGAAAUGCGUGCAUCUAAUACUAAUUUUACGAGACCGCCGGACUCUUAUUUUAGUAAGCUUGACUCGAAUUUGAAAAAAAAUACCACUUUUGUUAAAAAGCUCAAGACUUUUGCAGCGAGUCAGUUAGAUAAUGUGAUGAAGGAUGUGACCACUUUGAACUUGACAAAAUACAUCAGUGAAGUUGCUUCAGCGUUGGUAGAGGCAAAACUGAAGAUGACAGAUAUACCAUCAGUUCUCAAAAUAUGCAGUUAUUUACAUCAGAAAUACGCAGAUUUUUCAAAUCAUUUUUUUGAAAAUUGGCAAAAGACCUUAAUUUUCAAAAAUGGAGAUAAAAUAGCUAAUCCCAGUAAACUCAGAGUGGAUUUGAGACUUUAUUCAGAGCUCGUAGCUUCAGGUAUAUUUACGCCAAAACAAGGACUCCCAUUACUGGGAUCUGUUCUUACUUUUUUAAUAAACAUGGACAAAGAGGAACACAAUAAUACUAAUAUUAUAUUAAGCUUUUGUAAACAUUGUGGGGAAGAUUAUGCUGGUUUAGUUUCAAAAAAAAUCAGAGAAUUAUCUGAAAAAAUGAAUGUGCCGUUGCCUACAAGCAAUUUUUUACCCACAGAAAAGAAGCAAAAUGUCAAAACUUUACUUCGUGAUUACUACAAUUCUUUGUGUAAACAUCUUUACAAGGAUCAUAAAGCACUACAAGCAUUUGAAAAGCAAAAUCGAAAAAUUUUACAAACCAGAGGUGAACUAAGUUCAGAAAGGAAAGAAAAACUUGAAGCUUUUCAAAUUUCCUAUGAUCGUCUUUUAAAUAAUGCUCAACUUUUCUCUGAAAUUCUUGAUGAACCAAUGCCAGAACUUCCAGUUGAAAUAGAAGCUAAAACUGAAUCAGAAAAUGGUGUGAAAAAACUCAGCGAAAGUUCAGAUAGUAGCAUCUUAGAAGAUUUGUGGGGAGAUGAAGAAACUUGUCGUUUUUAUGAGAGCCUUACAGAUCUUACAGUCUUUCUACCUGGCUCUUAUAAGAAAGUAUCUCCUAAAAAAGAAGUGCAAAGCACAGAACAAGAAAAACAGUCAUUAGAAAUAAAUGAUGAUCAAGAAGAAGAUUUGACUGUGUUAUCUCCAGAGGAAUUGGAUAAAUUAGAGGCAGAAGCAAUGGAGAGAGAAGUAGAAGUGGAAGACACAGAAGAAGCUCAAACUCAGAAUGUUAGUAACAAGAUUUUACUGGAUGCUUUUCUAAAUCACUUACCAAAUUGUGUCAACAGAGAAAUGAUUGACAAUGCCGCAGUUGACUUUGUAAUGACUCUCAAUACUAAAAAUAACAAGAAGAAACUUAUAAAAACCCUUUUUGGAGUUUCGCGAAUUCGACUUGAUCUUUUGCCAUUUUAUUCACGUCUAGCUGCAAUUUUGUAUCCAGUAAUGCCUGAAGUAGGAAAUGAUUUAUGCCAAAUGCUCAAGCAAGAUUUUAAAUAUCAUGUUCAUAAAAAAGAUCAGAUUAAUAUAGAAUCUAAAAUCAAAGUUGUCAGAUAUAUUGGUGAACUUGUUAAAUUUAAGCUUUAUUCUAAAGCAGAAGCUCUUUAUUGCUUAAAAGUUUUAUUAUAUGACUUUACACAUCAUCAUGUUGACAUGGCUUGCAAUCUUCUGGAGACUUGUGGCAAAUUUUUAUUUUGUUCACCAGAUUCUCAUCAUCGAACCAAAGUGUAUUUAGAGCAAAUGAUGAGAAAGAGACAAGUAACAUCUCUAGAUCCAAGAUAUGUUACCCUCAUUGAAAAUGCUUAUUACUCUAUCAAUCCACCUGAAUCUGUAACUAUAGUAAAAAAAGAACGUCCACCUUUACAUGAAUUCAUUCGUAAACUUUUAUAUCAAGAUUUGGGAAGAAAUACUAUAGAUAAAGUGUUACAGUUAAUGAUUAAACUUGAUUGGCAUAACAAAGAAGUAUCUGAUUAUGCUAUACGAUGUUUUAUUGCUGCUCACAAUGUGAAGUAUUUGAAUAUACGUCAAGUUGCAUAUGUCUUGCAAGGACUAGCUUCUAUCUGUGAUUGGAUAGCACCUCCUGUUAUUGAUGGAGUUCUAGAAGAUAUAAGAAUUAAUUUAGAAAUAAAUCAAAUAAAGUUCAAUCAACGACGUAUAGCUAUGAUAAAAUUUUUAGGUGAAUUGUUCAACUAUCGUUUAAUUGAUCACGAUGAUUUAUUUCAAGUAUUUUAUUUGCUAAUUACUUUUGCAAGUAGCACGGAUCUUUCUGUGAUAUGCCCUCUUGAUCCACCAGAUAACUUGUUUCGAAUAAGAUUAGUCUGUACAUUAAUGGAUACUUGUGCAUCAUAUAUUGAUAGUGGUUCAGGCAAAAAGAAAUUAGAUUAUUAUCUGGUUUUUUUUCAACAUUAUUAUUGGUCUAAAUUUGCAAGCUUUGUAUGGACAACGGAAAACCCGUUUCCUUGGAGCAUCACAUCCAUUUAUCAGGAUGCAAUAAGAAAAGUUAGACCAAAUCUGACGUUAUACCAAAGCUAUCAAGAAUCUCUUGAAGCUGUCAUUGAAGUUCAAAAAGCACUAUUUCCAAAUUUAGCCGAGAUGCAAGAAAAAAAAGAAAAUGUUAAUGAUUUGGAGGCUAUACCAGAAGAAGAUUUGGAUAUUUUACCUGAAAACGAAGAUGUAAAAUCUCAACCAUCAGAAGAAAAUUCUGAAGAAACAAAUGAAGUUACCGCAACUCAAAGUACUCGAGACAAUACUGAAAAUAAUACUCCGAAUAACACCCAAGGACAAAUUUCACCAGAUGAUUCUGAUCCUAGUGCUCCAAUUGAUAACUCUGAAAAUGAGGUAGCUUUACCAGUAGCACCUAAACUAGUAUCUUGCCAAGAAGACGAAGAUUUUCUCUCAGCUUUGGAUAAAAUGGUAUCUGAUAAUAUACAAGACAGAAUGCGCGAAACUUCCAAGCCUCAACAAGUUGACAUAUCAGUUCCUUUAAAUGUAAAAAACACCAAAAAAACUUAUGAACAAUUGCAAGACACUACUACUGCUGAUACUUCAACUGUUGACUUUGUAUUGAUGGUUCGUAAGGGUAAUAAACCACAAUAUAAAAAUGUUGCUGUACCAGUGAAUUCAGAAUUGGCUAAAAAUCUCAAAAAUAGAGAACAAGAACUUAAAGAAGAAAAAGAAAAAGUCAAAAGAUUAACUCUUAAUAUCACUGAAAGGCAAGAAGAAGAAGACUACCAAGAAGCAAUUAGUCAAGGAACUAGGCCAGUCACUGCAAAUUUAAACAGAGAAAGAAGGCCUAAAUAUAAUCACCCCAAAGGAGCACCAGAUGCAGAUUUAAUUUUUGGACCUAAAAAAAUUAGAUAGUUUUCAUACCUUUGUUGAACCAGAACAGAGUCAAAUCUUCAGUCAAAACUUUUGUUAACAAUAAUUUAGUACAAAAUUAUAAUUAUUUUAUAAGCGAUCCUGUAUAAAAUGUAAUUAUUAGCUCAAAAUAGUUGAUAACAAACAGUAAGUAAUAAAGAAGUAGUAGGCAUGUAUAAAUUUAUAUGGUAACCGCAUUUUAAUAAAACAAUUUUAUUUGUGAUAAAUAUUUAUGUAAAACAUUUGUAAGAUACAGAUGAGUAUGACAUUACCUAUUAUGUUGAUGAUCUUUCAAAAUUAUUAAUCAAAUUCUGAAUCAAAUUCAUGUGAUUUUUUAACCUUUUGGUAAUAGUCACAAAUAG